AUGGGACGAAGACUCGCUAUAUGCCCCCACUCCCGGUUACCUUGGUCGCACACCCUUCUGUCCUCUCCUAGCCCUACCCGGGAUUGUACCACGGAUCGACCGCAGUCAAAUCAGCUAAACUUUCUUCCCUUUGCCGAGUGGGAGGAACGUGAUGAAUACGAUGAGUAUUCUCCUCAUUAUGUUUGCUACACAAUCGCCUGGAAACUUGUACUCAACCGCAAGACGGUGGGUAAAGUGACCGAAGACGACUUGAUCGUAGCCCCUAGUGAUUACUGGGACGGAACAUUGAAGGCAAAUGUUGAGGACAUAUUGCAAAUGAAAAAGAAACGUAGCCAACGCGUUCGCUCUGAAGGCACAGCUGUUACCGUGUCGGUCAACGACAAGUCGUUGAAGGAUUUUGAGAAAUUCUAUAGUUCUACUAAUAUCGAUUGGAAGCCAGUGGAGAAACAACUACGCAAGGCCAGCAUCACGGAGGGUCGAGAAGAGAGAGGCCGCGUAUCAGCAACCAGUAGGAUGCUGGCUGAGCGUGGCGCACUUAUUGAUGCGGAAGAAGAGGCCACCGGACGGCCUUCAACCUGGAGUCUCGUGUAUGAUCGUAUGCGAUGUGUCAUUCGCUCAUGUCCACUCAUGUCUGAUUGGUGCUGGGAGGAUCCAAAGGACAAGAAACAUUAUAAGCUCAGGGCCCCGCACCUUGAACGACUCAUUGAUCAUGUUGAUGAAGGUUUGCUUAGCCGGAUUCCUUAG